AUGACUGUUAAGGACGAGAAAGUGGAUAAAAAGGAGAAGCCACUGAAGAAGGAGAAGAAAGAGAAGAAGGACAAGGUAGACAAGAAAGAGAAGAAGGAUAAGAAAGUGGAUAAGGUAGACGCAGAGAAGAAGGAGAAGAAGGAGAAAGUUAACAAAAAGGAGGAUGUCGAAAAAGCUUUGAUUGAUUCUACAAAGAAGAGAAAGGCCGAGGAUGAAAUUGAAAUCGACUUAGAGAGCUCUAUCCCUCUAUCCAAGAAACAGAAGAGACUGUUGAGAAGAGGUAAAAUUUCUCUAGAUGAACUAAAUGCCAAAUACAACAUCGAUCCUGCCUCCAUCUCGCAGUUCAACAAGGAGCAAAAGGAUAAAGAAGGCGAUGGUGACAAGAAGGAAGACGUCAAUAAAUUCAGUGUCUGGAUUGGUAAUAUGUCCUUCGACACAACAAGAGACGAUCUGAUCAAAUUUGUGGUGGGAAAAACGAAGGAAUUGGAGGACGAAGAAAGCAGAAUCCCAGAGGCGGAUAUCCUGAGAGUCAAAUUGCCCUUGGCUAGUAACGGCGGUAAACAAAUCAAGAACAAGGGUUUCUGUUACAUGGAUUUCAAGACAGAAACACAAAUGAAAUCGGCCAUUGCGCUUUCCGAAAAUCAAUUGAAUGGUAGAAAUUUGUUGAUCAAGGAUUCGAAGAGUUACGUGGGGAGACCGGACAAAAACGAUUUAGUGAGUAUGUCUAAAAACCCACCUUCAAGAAUCCUGUUCUGUGGUAACCUCUCCUACACUACUACUGAAGAGUUGCUGAAGGCCCACUUCCAACACUGCGGUGAAAUUAUCAAAAUCCGUAUGGCCACUUUUGAGGAUAGUGGUAAAUGCAAAGGUUUUGCAUUCGUCGAUUUCAAGACCGAAGAAGGUGCCACAAACGCCUUGAAGGACAAGGCUUGUCGGAAGAUUGCCAUGAGGCCAUUAAGAAUGGAGUAUGGUGAGGAUAGAAGUAAGAGACAGGUCAGAAGGAGACCGGAAGAUGAGAAGAAACCAGCGUUCGACUUGCCUCCUGACAAUUACCAACAGGAACGAGCCCCACAGCAAGAAGAGAGAAGAGAGAGACCAGCAGCCAGAACGUUUAGCAACAACAGAGGCCAUAGACCUGGACAAAUGGCAUCGAACAACAGGCUGAAGAGUAGUGUAGCCUUAUCUUCCGCCCAAAGAGGUUCUGCCGCCAUUGUCCCAUCUCAAGGUAAGAAAGUCAAGUUUGAUUGA